GCAGAUAUUUGAAAAAGAAUGUGAAUAUAGAAAACGCUUUUGUGCUCAUUUUGACUGAUGAAUGUUGCAGUGUUUCCGACAGAAUUGUUAUUAUAUUUUUUGCGUUCAGCCAGUAAAGAUAAUGCAAUGAGAAGAUUUGUGGUUCAUGGCGUUUCCAUUCCUGUCGGCGGCGCGGUAGAUUCAGAGGACACGAUACGGAAACAAAAGCAUGAAUGCUGUAAAUGCUGUGCAUCUGUUCAUUAUGGUUUGGACCUUCACUGCUGUCUGUCAAGCUAAUGAUGAUGGCUGCAGUGUAAAGUGUCAAAAUGUGACUGGAUUUGUGGGGAAUGAAGCAACUUUCAAAUGCAGUGUCUCAUUGCAACGCACUGAAUGCUGCAUUAAACUGUAUAAGUUUCAAUACCCUAAGGGCUAUGAUGAGUCUGCAAUCUGUAAAGAAGGGAAUCUUGUGAACUACUGUGAUCACAGUUACAGCUUCACAUGCCGCUACACUCCAACUACAGCAAUGACUGAAAAAUUCAGAUUCUUUGUGCAAACAUUAUGUGGAAUGAAAACAGCUGAAUUCCCUGUAGACAUAACAGAGCCUGUGAAACGUGAAAUCGUCACUGAAGCUCCUGAAAAGAAAGAAGAACCUGUCUGGGUCAUACCAGAAACGUCUGAACAGAAGAAAGCAGAAGGUCGUGGAUUUAAGAUCGCCGUCAUCGCUGCUGUUAUAAGCUGUUUCAUCAUCGUCAUAAUGCCAGCUAUUUACAAAAUUAAACAAAAACGCACCAGACAGAACAGGACGUUUCAGGUUAUUAGACAAGAAGGCGGCAACAGCAGUCAUCCAGAUAUGUGAUAUAAUAGCAUUGUUUGACCUAUCAUAUAGUGCUCAUGAAAGACACAAACUUUGAUUGAACUCUCGUAAACUACUCUAUCUUUUAGACUUCAGUCUACUAAACAAUAUAACUUUUAUUAUUUCUGUGAAAUAAUGGUAUGUUAUAGAUUUGUUUGAUCAGUGUAUUUAUUGUUAAUAUUCUGCACAUGCAAUUUGUAAUGUGUGAACAGUAAGGUUUUGUACAGUGUGUUUUAUUGGUUUAAAAAGGAAGGAGCCAAAUAAACACUUCUCUAAAGAUGAA